AUGGGUUUCUUGAUUGUGGAAAUACAAGAUGAAGAAAUGUUAGAAGUGAAUGACCCAAAGAUAAAGCUGUUUGGGAAGACCAUUCAGCUGCCGGAGAUUCCUCUUGUGGCGGCGGAUGGAGUAGGUGGAACCGAUCGAGUUCAAUCUUGCGGUGCUGCUGGUGAUGAUAGUUCAAUACAAGAUGGCCCUUGUUCAUCGAAUUCUAUAAUUGGAGAUAUAACUUCGGGUAUAUAUACAGAAGAGGAAGAAUCAACAAAGGCUUUGUCAGGUCAAAAACAGGAGAAUAGUGAUGUGAAGGAUGGUACACAACCUUUGACGUCAGAUGAAUUAAAAGAUUCUAAUGUAACUCCUCCGGCAAAUGAUAAUUCAACUGCACCGUCUACUGAUAACGAUGCUGCAAGAAUGAAAACCUCCAAAACAGGAAACGACCCAAGUGAGACGAGUACCUCUCAAGAGAAGACACUAAAGAAGCCAGACAAGAUACUUCCAUGCCCUCGCUGUAAUAGUAUGGACACGAAGUUCUGUUACUUCAACAAUUACAAUGUUAAUCAGCCUAGGCACUUCUGUAGGAAAUGUCAAAGAUACUGGACAGCUGGUGGGACCAUGAGGAACAUGCUGGUGGGUGCAGGUCGCCGUAAGAACAAGAACGCGGCUGCUCAUUACCAUCAUCUAAUGGCCUCGGAAGCACUUCAGAAUGCACAAGCAAAUCUACCAAAUGGAAUUCACCAGCCGACUCUGAAUCCCAACGGCAAUGUCCUCGCUUUUAGUUCGGAUGCACCGGUAUGUGAGUCGAUUGCUUCUGUUUUGAGCGUUGCUGAUAAAACAAUUCAAAACUGCUCACGUAGCAGGUUUCAAGAGCCAAAAGAAAAGGGAAUUUCAACAUCUCAUGAAAAUAAGGAUAACGGGGAUGAUCACUCGAGUGGAUCUUCAGUCUCUGUCGCAAAUUCAAACAACGAGUUUGGUAAAACUGGGUUGCCCGACUCACAAAUGCAGAACUUUCAUAGCUUUACCCCUCAGGUGCCUUGCUUUUCCGGAGCCCUGUUUCCUUACCCGUGGAAUUCAAUUCAAUGGGGCGCUCAAGUAUCCCCCUCUUCUUUGGGACCUACUAGUUUUCCUGUGCCAUUCUAUCCAACAGCACCCUUCUGGGGUUGCCCUGUGCCCAGCCCAUGGAAUGUUUCUUGGGCGGUCCCACCAACUGCUUCACAUAAUCACACACCACAGGGCUCUGGUCCUGAUUCCCCAACUUUGGGGAAGCAUUCACGGGACGACAACAUGGUGAAGCCAGCCAGCAAUGACAAACAAAAGACGAAAAAUGAGAGUAAUUGUGAGAAGUGCUUGUGGGUUCCCAAAACACUGCGAAUUGAUGACCCGGAAGAAGCUGCAAUGAGUUCCAUAUGGGCGACAUUGGGUAUAAAAAAUGAAAGAGUUGAUUCCUUCGGUGGACGGGGCCUCUUCAAGGCCUUCCAAAGGGUAUCAAAAGAUGAUGAGAAGAAGACUCAUGUUUCCGAAAGCUCUACAAUAUUACAAGCCAAUCCAGCGGCAUUGUUCAGGUAUGCUUUGUCUGGUCCGCUGUUUGCUCUGCGUACAUUUCUGCAAUUUCUUAUUGAGAUAGGGGGUUAA